AUGAGCAAUUCAAAUUCAAAUCCAAGCGGUUCCGGUUUGGUUCCGAGAGGAAUCGGCCUAUCCAACAGCAUACACUCUGAAGUUGCACCGUGUUUACCUUUGCCUUCGCUUCCGGUUUUCUGCGGCGCUUCGGAUCCGGAGCUCCGGUUGUUCGACGGAACUAGUGGUAGAAAUAGUAAUUUCUGGUCUUUGAAUCGAAAUGAAAUUCUCUCUCAGUCUUCCAGAAUCGCUGAUCUGCUUCGCGAAACCGAUGUCUCAUACCUGUCAUUUAGAGAUGAGACUAGGGUAACUGCGUCUGACAACGUAGAGCGGCUGGAACUUUAUGAAGAGGUUCUUCGCUACAACUCUGAAGCAUUUGAGUAUGUUACUCCUGGUAGGAGGCAAAUUUCUGGAAAUGCAGCAUUUGAAAGCAAGUCCAUUGAGCCAAGUAUACCAGUUUCAUUUCAAGCACAAAGAGAUUAUGAUGGAUUUCAAAAUCACCAGCCGAAAUACACCCCUAAUGACAUUACCUCAUCUUUGAGGAAACCGAAAGUCAAGAAAAAAGGCAGUGAUGACAUUUCAGCAGUGAUUCAGCAAGAUCCUGCUGAGCUUCAAGAUGCCACGAUUGGAAGCUUCUGUGAUAUGCUGGAAGGCUUUUGUGGAAGAGCUGAAGUUCCUGGUGAUGAUCUGGAAGAAGCAGAGUGGUUAUCGUUGCCUGUUGGUGAUAUCAGAGUGCUUGUAAAUGAAAUAAUGUCGAUACGUGCAAAAAAGCUUUUAAAUUUGGUCCCCGUAGAAGUUCUUGUAAGACUCUUGAUGGUUCUGGAUCACCAAAUACAUCGAGCAGAAGGCCUGUCCAUCGAUGAAUGUGAUCAUUCAGAUUCAGAAGUAGUCUCCUAUGUUUUCUGUGCGCUGGAGUCUAUUCAUGCAGCUCUAGCUGUAAUGGCGCAUAAUAACAUGCCAAAGCAGCUGUAUAAAGAAGAGAUUAUUGAAAGGAUUCUGGAGUUCUCUAAGCAUCAAAUAAUGGAUGUGAUGUCCGCUUAUGAUCCAACAUAUCGUGCUUUGCAUAGGCCAAGUGAAAAUGGGGCACCUGAAGGUUAUGAAGAUGAAGAGCCUGAUGCUGACUAUGGUUCGGCCAGUAAGAGACGGCGUACGGUAAAGAGUGCAAGACAUCGUCCAUACAUCAUAGACGAAAUAGUUCAGCUACUCUGGAAGUUACCAUUCUCAAAGCGAGCGCUAAGAGCCUAUCACCUUCCUGAUGAAGAACAGAGGCAGAUUCAGAUGAUCACUGCUUUACUGAUUCAGUUGGUUCAGAGCAGUGCAAACCUUCCUGAUGCUUUGAGGCAAGCAUCAAGUGGUAAUUCCAUCUUAGAAAUCUCUUUGGAUGCUAGUUAUCCAAUCAAGUCUCAUGAAGCAGCCACAGAGACCUGCUGUCUUUUCUGGACCCGAGUUCUCCAGCGUUUCACAACUGUCAAGAAUCAGGAUGCAUCUGAACUGAAAGUGAUGAUGGAGAAUCUUGUUACAGAUCUACUGACAACUCUAAAUUUACCGGAAUACCCGGCUUCAUCUCCCAUUCUGGAAGUUCUCUGUGUCUUACUGCUUCAAAAUGCUGGGCUGAAAUCCAAGGACAUUUCUGCCCGUUCCAUGGCCAUUGAUUUUCUGGGUACCAUUGCAGCAAGGUUAAAGCAGGAUGUGCUUAUUUGUAGUAGGAACAAAUUUUGGAUCUUACAGGAAUUGAGUAGUGGGGAUGAUUUUGAUCAGAAUUACCCAAAAGAUGCAUGUUGUGUUUGCUUAGAUGGAAGAGUGGAGAAAAAGUUGUUUAUGUGUCCAGGUUGUCGCAGAUUGUUUCACGCUGAUUGCAUGGGAAUGAGAGAACAUGAAGCUCCUAAACGAAGCUGGAACUGUGUGAUUUGCCUCUGCAAGAAUCAACUUCUUGUGUUACAAUCAUUCUGCAAUUCACAUUGCAAGGAUGAGGAGAAAAAGGAUAAUAUUCUGUCAAAAAAAAAUUUGGAUGCUUCAGAUACAGUAACAAAAUCUGAAAUUGUUCAACAGAUGCUUUUGAAUUACCUCCAAGAUGUUGUAUCUGCUGAUGAUGCGCAUCUCUUUGUUCGCUGGUUUGAUGACCCAAAAUCACAACAGAAGUUUAUGUACUAUCUCACUAGACUGAAAUCAAACCUUAUUGUGCGUGAUUCUGGGACUGCAUUUUCAAUGUUGGUUAGGGAUUCAGUUAAGAAGAUUGCUUUAGCACUGGGACAAAAUAGUUCUUUCUGUAGAGGGUUCGAUAAGAUCCUUCAUAUGCUUUUGGCAAGUUUGAGGGAGAAUUCUCCUGUGAUUAGGGCCAAGGCAUUACGAGCAGUUAGUAUUAUUGUAGAAGCUGAUCCUGAAGUGUUACGUGACAAACGUGUACAAUUGGCUGUUGAAGGCAGAUUUUGUGAUUCUGCAAUAUCUGUGAGAGAAGCAGCAUUGGAACUUGUUGGUAGGCAUAUUGCUUCACACCCUGAUGUUGGUCUGCAGUAUUUUGAGAAGGUUGCUGAGAGGAUAAAGGAUACUGGAGUGAGUGUAAGAAAACGAGCUAUCAAAAUCAUCAGAGACAUGUGCAUUUCAAAUCCUAACUUCACUGAAUUUACAACUGCUUGUAUUGAGAUCAUAUCCCGUGUCAGUGAUGAUGAAUCCAGCAUUCAGGAUCUUGUCUGCAAAACAUUUUAUGAGUUUUGUUCUGUGCCAUUGGAGGUGGCCAAGAAGACUGAGCAAAUAGUUGAGAUGUUGAGGAGGAUGCCAAAUCAUCAGCCUGUUGUCACAAUCAUCAAGCGCAAUCUAGCACUUGACUUUUUCCCACAAUCAGCUAAAGCUGUUGGGAUCAAUCCUGUGUCACUUGCAUCAGUGCGCAAGCGCUGCGAGUUGAUGUGCAAGUGCUUACUGGAAAGAAUACUGCAGGUAGAGGAAAUGAAUAGCGACGAAGUGGAGCUCUGCAUGCUUGCUUAUGUGCUUGCAUUGCAUGCAUUUUGUGUUGUUGAUCCAACACUUUGUGCUCCUGCAUCUGACCCCUCUCAGUUUGUUGUCACUCUACAGCCAUAUCUCAAGAGUCAGGUUGUUGAUAACCGAGCUAUUGCACAAUUACUGGAGAGUAUAAUCUUUAUAAUUGAUUCUGUUCUUCCCUUAAUCCGAAAGCUGCCUUGGAGUGUUGUUGAAGAACUAGAGCAAGAUCUAAAGCAAAUGAUUGUUCGGCAUUCGUUUUUGACAGUGGUCCAUGCUUGCAUCAAGUGUCUUUGUUCUUUGAGUAGAGUAGCAGCAAAGGGUGCAAGCGUACUUGAGUAUCUUAUUCAGGUUUUUUUCAAACGUUUGGAUGCUCAAGGAAUCGAUAACAAGCAGGUCUUUAUUUACAUAUUUUAUGGCUACAACUUUAUAAGUGAUCCCACAAGAGAAGCUGCUACAUAUUUUGUUUUGUUUGAAAGUUUAUCUUUCCAAGUUAUCUUAAGAACUUUAGGAUUUGUGGAUUUUAUCCUUGAAGAGGCUAAUUUCAUGUUUCUUCUUAAAGCAAUGCCAGAACAUAGUUACCAGGAAUGUGGAACGUUUGGGGCAUGGUAUGAGAUUUGGGAUCAGGGUUUGCACUUAGACAAAGGAUACCAUGUAGCGGGCCGUUCUUUGUUCUGUCUUGGAUUGCUUAUUCGCUAUGGGAACUCUUUGCUGAAUACCUCCAAUAACAAAAAUAUCGAUGUUGCGAGCAGUCUCAGUUUGUUUAAAAAGUAUCUCCUUAUGGAUGAUUUUGGUAUAAAAGCAUUAGGAUUUGUUCUUAUUGCUAGGCCUGAAUAUAUGCUGGAAAAGGACAUUGGGAAAAUAUUGGAGGCAACUUUGUCUGCUGGUUCUCACAUUCGUCUUAAGAUGCAAGCUUUGCAAAAUAUGCAUGAAUAUCUGUUGGAUGCUGAAAGCCAAAUGGAAACAGAUAAGACUAGUAAUAAUGUUGCUCAUCAUACUGUAGAAGGGAGCAACAGUGUACCUGUUGCUGCUGGUGCAGGUGAUACUAACAUCUGUGGUGGUAUAGUCCAACUGUAUUGGGAUCAUCUUUUGGGAAGGUGCUUGGACUUCAAUGAACAAGUUCGUCAGACUGCCCUUAAGAUUGUGGAAAUAGUACUACGCCAGGGUCUGGUCCAUCCUAUAACCUGUGUUCCAUACCUUAUAGCACUGGAAACGGAUCCUCAUGAGUUGAACUCAAAAUUGGCCCACCAUUUGCUGAUGAAUAUGAAUGAGAAGUAUCCUGCUUUUUUUGAAAGCCGAUUGGGGGAUGGCCUUCAGCUGUCAUUUAUUUUCAUGCAAUCUAUUGGUAGUGUUUCUCCUGAAAAUCCAAACCAAAAACUCCAAUCUAAGACUGCUGGGAAUUUGAAGGGAAAAUCUGAAGGUGCCUUCCUAUCUCAAGCUAGACUUGGGGUUUCUCGGAUCUACAAGCUUAUUCGUGGAAAUCGAGUCUCGAGGAACAAAUUUAUGUCUUCAAUUGUGCGAAAAUUUGAAAAUCCAAGAUGGAGUGAUUCGGUGAUUCCAUUUUUAAUGUACUGCUCAGAAAUACUUGCUUUGCUGCCAUUUACUUUACCCGAUGAACCCCUGUAUUUGAUUUAUGCUAUGAAUCGAAUUAUUCAAGUAAGAGCAGGGGCACUUGAAGCAAAUAUGAAGGGGUUAAUCUUACAUUUGUCCCAAAGAAAUGCUCGAAUGGUUUGUGAAAAUGGGGUAAUUCAAAGGGAAUUCGCAGAGCCUGUUUCCCAUCACGUGGACUUGAAUGGCACAAUUCAACUAAAGCCAGCUGGUCAGCCAGAAUACAGUCCUUUGAGAUCAUUUGAUCUGAAUGGAAUAGUUCAAGAACAGCCUGCUAAUAAUCCAGUUCUGAACUCUGGUACCUCAAGAUAUACAAAGAUGGAGUAUAUGAGCUCUAGUGAAUCCUUAGGCAUCUCCAAAGAUGAUGUGGAGAAAAUUCAGGUUGACUGUCUUGCAGCAACUGCAUUGCAGCUUCUUUUGAAGCUCAAGAGGCACCUGAAAAUUGUGUAUAGCCUUAAUGAUGCCCGGUGCCAGGCUUUUUCUCCAACUGAACCCCCAAAGCCAGGAGAGCCCCUCUUAAAGCAGAACUUUCCUUUUGACAUCAGUCAAACAUGCACCAGUGUGCUGUCCACGUAUCAAGAUUUGGUUCAGAGAUAUCAGGAAUUCAAGGGCGCCUUAAAGGAGGAUACGGUUGAUUACUCAACGUACACAGCGAACAUCAAGAGGAAAAGACCAACCCCAAGAAAAGUGAAAGCUGGACAUAUGAUGGGAGAUGACGACGAUGACUAUGAUGAUGAAGAUUGGGCAGGUGGGGGUCGGAGGCUAGGUAGUGGCAGGAAAGGCAACAGCAGUAGAGGAGGUAGGUACCGACAAUAG